CUCAAUAAGCAAAUCUCUACUACUCAAAGCGAAAUCUAUAAAAGCUGUACUGCCGGCCGGGUACCGUGUAGUAGCUUUGAAACACUGCUGAAAUUCGCAACUACGUCUACUGGGAAAGAUAUUGGGCGAGACGACGCGCGAGUUCGCAAUCACACACACUCCUCCACGAAAAGAGAAUCAUCUUUUUUUUCUUUGACAAUAGUUCAGUUUUUCAAUAGAAUCUAAAAUUUAAACCAACUAAAGCACGCUAAUACCAACCACUUCACCCAGUCGUUCGUUUUACAAAAAAAAAAAGUUCAACCAAAAAUAAUUUAAAUAGAAAAACUUCAAUUUUUUUCACAUCAUUUAUUUUUUUGGUCAACAAAAAAAGCUACGUUUGUGCGUAAAUCUAAAAAGUAUUGUGUUUUUCUUCAGCAGGAAACGACGAAGCACAUUUCCUUCACACAAAGCGUACAAAGCUAUCAAACCAGCAAAAAAACUGUAAUUUAUAAAAAAGUUUUUUUUUUUAAAUAAAAAGUUUGCCAUUUUAUUGCAAUUUUAAAUUAUAAUUGAAAAUUGAAGAUUGCAAUUCUCUAAACCAAAAUUUAAAACGGAACUUCAAAAACAAUUUUCCUAAUUUUAUUUCCAAAAUUUUUCUGCAUGAAAUUGUUUCACAAUCGACGGAGAAGACAAACGAAAUUUUGCAAAUUUUCGUGAUAUUUUAAGUGCUGUGAACACAAAACAAAUACAAAAACAAAAAAAUGUCAAAAAAUUAAAUGCAAAAGAGGAACUCUUGAAACGAAGUAGCAGGAAAUUUGAAAUUUGUGUUUGUGCAAGAAUUUAACUUUAACUGUAGAAGCCGAACAAGAAAGAAUCCAGUAGAAAAUUAUAUUCAGGGAAGCAUAUUCAAUUUUUAAAUAAAAUAAAACAAAGCGAACUUUGCGUUUCCAAUUGUGAAACUUUAAAAUUUUAAACUUAAACUUAAAAUUUAUUAAAAUAAAAUAAAACAAAAAACAGCGGUAAAGACUUAGAAUAACAAAUUUUUUAUAUGCUUAAAAAUAAUUAAGAAAAGAAAAUCACACAAAUCAAGAACAAUUAAUUAGUUGUUAUUUUUAAUCAAUUCUGUUUUUUAAUAUUAAUAACUGUUUUUAAAAUAUGUUUUAUUAUUAUAUUAAUUGAUGAACUCUACAAAACGAUUACAAAAAAUCAAAUCAAAAAUUUAACUCAGUUAGUCAACGUGCCGUAUAUCAGCAGCAGCAGUAAAAGAAUGAAAAAAUUAUUCUUAUAAAUAUAAACAAAAAAUAUAUAAAAAAAUGAAAUUAAUUCUAACACAAUAAUAAAAAUAAAUAAGAACUUUUUUGUGAUUAAAGUGCAUUUUUAAUAUUUAUUCAAUAAAAAUAUAAAAACUACAAGGGAAACUUGUAAAAUAAAAACAUUUAUCGUUUAUCAUUAAACAAAAAAAAUAAUUUAAAUCAAAAGAACAGAACAGUACAGAACUUAAUUCAACUACAAAAACAACAACAACUACUACUACUACAAUUACAAUAGCAAAUCUCUGUGCAAUUUCAACAGAGUGUUGCUACCAAAAAUUUUCCACAAAAACGUAUACAACAACAAUAUUUGAAGCAAUCGGUAGUCGUCAUUGCAGCCGCUACAAUUUCAGUAGCUGCAGCAAUAACGACAUUGACAAAAUUACUUCAACAUUACUUCAACCACCAACACCACAACCACCAUCAAUAUACCACCAAGUCCGGUUACCGCCGAAGCUGCAACAAUUGAAGCUUCACUCAAUAAUACAAAAAAAUCCUCCUCCUCCUCCUGCAAAUCUAAAGCAACAACAACAAGGGACUGGCAAAGGGACAACCUUAAUUCAAGUACAGAAGAAGAUAUUAAAAGUGCAGCAACAACAACGACGACGACGUCUACGGUUACGUCCAGUAAAACGUCGACGUCGUGCAACGACGACGCAGAAGACGAAGACGAUUUGAUCCAUAUCGAUCAAGUCUUCGAAGAAUUGUUAAUGAAAAUGGAAGUGCUGUCAGUGCAAAAUCAAUUUCAGGGACAAUUUGGUGUCAUUGGUUCAAGCAAGGUUAAAGACUGGACAAGUCCAUUAACGCCACCUCCACCACCACCAUCACAUAAUCGUAGCCAACAACGUAGCUUAGUUAGUCAACAACAAAAACAACAAAACCAGCAGCAACAAAAAAAAUCUCAAUCAGAUAGCGCAGAGAGUGGUAUUGACAUUGUUGACGGUAUACAACCGCAACAUUUCUAUCACCGUAAUCAAUAUACUCACGUUCAUAAUCGUCAACAACAACAAAAACAGCAGCAGCAACAACAACAACAACAAUAUUAUUCACAAUCACAUCAACAACAACAACAUCAUUUAUACCAGCAACAACAUUUAAAUUAUUCAAAAAUGAAUACAACAACAGCUGCUGUCGCAGUUGAAAGCUCAACAAGCUCUCGUUUCGCUUACAACAACAAUUUGUUAUGCUGUGAUGAAAGUGUUACAACAGCCACUGAUGCAGCUACCACAGCAACAACACCCGACACAGAAGCAGUUAGUUUCAUUACAGCCAAUGAUGAAAUUAAUGCGGCUGCCAUUAAUGAACUAUCGCGGCGUCUGCAGGCAGAGCUGCGUGCGGCUAAAAGUCGUCAUUUGGGUUGCACAGAGGUGACAUUACCUUGGGAUCUAACACCCCGUAUUGCUGCAGAAAUAAUCAAAACAUCUGAACGUGAGCCAUGCGGUGUGCGCAGUUGUACUAUUUUUAUUGAAUUUGAAGACGAGCCCAAUAACACAAGGCGUAUUGCAACAUUCAAAGUGGAUCCAAAUACAGUUUCAACUUUCGAGCUAUACUUGACUUUGAAACAUGAUAGAAGUGGUUGGACCUCGAAACUACCACAAUUUUUAAAAAACCUUACACGCAGCAGUACAAUUCUAAUAAGUCCAGAUUUUACGCUGACCAAAAAUAAGCUUUAUUCUAGUGAAUAAAUGCAAAAUAAAAAUAAAAAAGCAGUAUAUUAAAAAACAAGUUCUAAAUUUUCUAAACUAAACAAAGGGCGUGCCGCAUAUGAACUGCUAGUUGCCAUAGGCGGUGUUAAUAAUUGGGAGACUAAAAUUUAAACACACAAACACCAACACACCACAUAUAUAACAUACAUAUUUCUAUAUCGCUGUCAGUGCGUGGAAAGCAAUGGCAAAACACACCAUACACCAUAUUAAAUACACCACACUAUUACACAAAUAAAAACAAAAUAUAAUUAUUUAAAAUCCCUCCGAAUUAAUUUUUUGAUAUCUUCAUAAAUAAUCAAACAAAACAAAUUUAAAAUAAAUAUAUAUAUAUAUAUUGAUGAUUAAAGAAAAAAAUCAACUGAAAUCGAAGUCAUAGAGGCAAAAUUUAAUUUAAAAUAACAAAUAAUAAAGUUUCAAAAUAUAAGAAGAAAAAAAUUUUUUUAAAUGAAAAAUUAAACUUAAACAAAAUAUUAACUUUGGACCACACUUUUCACCUCUACUUUUUAUAAGCAAACCAAGAGCAACAAUAAAAUAAAAAACAACAACAGCAAAAACAACAAAUCAACUGCAGUUGCAGGCAACUUUAAAACUAAAACUAACAACAUUUAUAAACAAUCGGACUGACUUUUGGAUAUAAAGUAUUGCAUUAAAAUACUUUUCUUUUGAAAAACAAAAAAAAAACCAAAAAUAACAAACAAAACAAAAGGCUACAAAAUUCAACGUUUGGUGUUUACUCAAUCAAGUGCGGAAGCGGAAGUGAAAAUUUUUUUCAUAGUUUUCAUUAAGUAUUAUUAAUAAAGGAAAACGUAUUAUAUAGUUUUUCUCAAGAAAAUUUAAUUAAAAAUAAAACUAAAUAUAAAAUAAAGUUGAUGUGAUAUUAAAAAACAAAAAUACUACAAAUGAUACAACAACAACAACAAAAUUGCUUAAAGGAGAUAAUUUAAAAUUUGUUUAAAGUAAAACUGAGCUUAAAGAAAUAGUGCGUGAAAAUGUUUUAAAUAUGAUAUUUGACGAAAAUUAUUUAGGUAAUUGAUAAGAGAAGAGAUUAAGCAUUGUCAAAAAUUUUGCACACAACUGUGACUUCAUAAAGAGUCUCGUUAAUUUUUUAUGAAAAUCAUUCAUUAAUAAUAUCAUUUAAAGUGCAUGAAAAAACUCCGUCACUUUUUAAACGAUAUUUUUGCUAAUGUUUAUAAGAAAUAAAGAAAUCAAAUCAUAUUUAUCUAUUACAUAUUAAAACUGUGACUGCAUAUCUAUCGGUAGUUUACAGUACAUUAAUUAACAUCUAUCAUAAUUUUCAGCAAAAACCACAUUCAUAAGCUCCGUACUAUACUAUUAUUCGUUCCAUCUUUGUUUCAUUUUCAUUUUGGUUCUUGAUUCACUUCAAGUUAAAUAUAAUUUUACUAGGAGUUUUAGAAACAACAAUAAAAAAAACAAUAUAACAAACACAAUAUAUAAGCUUUUAGCUAUUUUUUAUAUUAAAUUAUUUGUAAUAACCAGUUUAAAUUUUUUUUUAUACUAUUUAUUAUUAAAAUAAAAACUGUAGUAUUUUUAGUAUGUUUAGGAAUUUUCAAAUUUAGUUGUUACUAUUA